AUGAGCAGAGCAUGUCACGGCAAUGCCUCAAAUAUACGCGAUAGUAGCGUGUGUUAUGAUGAAUACAAUAAUGAGGAUUUAUUGCACCUAAACAAAAAAAUAAAAAUAAAUAAAAAUGAUUUUUAUAAAAAUCCAAAAAAUGGAUAUAAAGAGCAUAAUUGUUAUGAACCGUUAAAUUCGUAUGAUAUAUUUCCUCAUGGAGGUUUGUAUUAUUACGAUAUAAUUAUUAAAGACAUUUUAAAAUAUGGAUUUAAUAAUAAAAAUAUAGCAUUAAAAUAUAAAAAACAAAAUGAAAAUUGUGAUAAUGAAAAUUAUGUUUAUUUGGGUGCCGGUGUGUUAAAGAAAGAACAAAAAAAUAAAAAACAUAGAGACAAAAAUAAAAUGGUUUUCAUAUUUUUUGUAAACGAAGUAUUGUUGAAACGUUUAAGAAGUAAAGAGAGAAAACAAAUAAGAUGGAAAGAAAGAGAAAGGCAUAAAAGAAAAAAAAAAAAUUUGGAAAGUACAUGCUCCCCAGAAAAUAAUGAAAAUAAUAUUUACUGUUUUGAAAUACCUAACAAGAAAAAUGAAAAUAAAGAUGAUAAUAAUAAUAAUAUUAAAAAUGAUCAAUAUCAUAAUAUUCCUAAUGGUGAUAUAAUAUAUAAUCCAGCACCCAUAAAAGAAGAUGAUGCAAAAUACCAAGAUAAAAAUAUAGAUGGAAUUUUCGUAAAACGUAAAAGAAAAAAAAGAUCCAAUAAUAGAUUAAAUGAUAUUACCUAUAUAUUAAAUGAAAAAAUUAGAAAUAAAAAUACGUUUGUAAAAACAAAAAGCUCUUUGUUUUGCGAGUAUACAUAUUUAAAUGAAGCAGGAGUAUGUACAGAUGUAAAUAGAAACCAAAAAUCAAUAAAUUUUGAAUCAUUUUAUAAUGAUCCUAAGAUAAUUGGUGGAAACACUACCCCAUUAACUACAAGUGGAUAUUGCAAAAAGGAUAAAACACUAAAAAGAUGCACCGAUUAUAGUGAUAGUAAUGAUUAUAGCGACAUUAGUGAUAGUAGCGACUGUGGUGAUAGUAGCUAUUCCAGCAAUUGUAGCGACGAAAGCAGUUUUUAUGACGACCUCAUGGAUCGAGGAGAGGAAGUUAGUGCACCCAAUGUAUACACCGACAAAAAUAAUAUAUUCCUAUUGAAUAUUUUACACCAUCAAAAUACAGUAUAUUCCGUUAAAUGGAAAGAAGGAAUAAGUGAAAAUGUUUCAAUCUUAGUUUCUAUAUGUUAUGAUGGAUAUAUGUAUAUAUGGAAAGAACAAACAAAUUGUGAAAAUAAAAUAACAUUUGUUUCUAUUUGCAGAAUAUAUAUUCUGUACUUUGAAAAAAUUGUAAGUAAUAUUAAAUGGUGUUGGGUAAAAAAAGAAAACGAAUAUGAUUAUUAUAAUUUUAUUAUGAACAACGUUACCACAUUUAAUGGAAAUAGUUCUAACAAAAUGAACAUAACAAAAAACGAAUAUUUAAUAGUAUAUGGUUGUAAAAAUAAAUCAUUUAAGCGAGCAAAUUUGGAUAUUACUCCCUAUAAAAUGAAAAAUAAAAUAAAGAAUUGUAUUUAUUUUAGCGAAUUUGAAAAUACAAGUGAUGAAAAAGAUUUUAUGAUAUUUUCAGUAUAUGCAAUAUUUAAUAUAUAUAAUAAUAAUAUUUAUAUAAAAAAUAUAUUAAACUAUGAGAAUGUUCCAAUAAACAUAAAUUUUAAUUAUAUUAUAAAUGCUAAGAUUGAAUACAACCUAUUAAAUACUUCACUAAUUUCGAUAUAUACUGAUGAUACUUAUAUCCCUAAUAAUGAAUAUAAUAUAAAAUAUGGUGAAUGGAAGGUAAAACGAGUUUGUGAUUAUUUAAAUAAUUUCUUAUUAAAUAAAAAUAAUUCUAGAAAUUAUUUUAACCAAUUAAAAAAAUCAUAUAUUUCAAAUUUUAUAAAUUUGUCUAGUUGCAGUGACUCAUCCUGUUCGUCAUUCGAUCAAAAUUAUAAUGAUGAAAAAAAUAAUCGAAGAAAUUCAAGAUAUAGUAUACACAAUCUUAACAAUAAUCCAAAUAAACAAGGAAACAGGAACAUCAAUUAUGAAAGCAAUACUAGUAGUACUAGAACUUCUGAAAAAAUAAAAGAAAGAAAUUUUAUAUUUUUACAGAAGCUUUUAAAUGUAGUAAACAAUUUGAUGCCUCCCUUUUCGUUAAAAAUAUCAACAAAAAAUUCAGAUUUUUAUAAAAUUAUUAUUAAACCAAAUGAUAUAUGGAUAAAAAAAAAGAAAAGUAUAGGUGUUCGUUAUAUACUUGAUUAUAAAAAUUGUGAAUGUUCCAAGAGUUAUGCAAAUAAAUAUUUUUUUUUGAACAAAGGAAAAAAAAACAUGAAUUCACAACUUUUUUAUAAUAUAGAUUUUAAUAAUAAUCAAAAUGUUCUUAUCAUGGUAAACAAAUUAAAUUGUAAAUUAUAUCUUUAUGAUUUUUCAACUUGCAUAAAAUUAAAACAAUGCACAAAUUUUGAUGAAUAUCCUUGUCAGGAAAUACAAAAUAUAAAAAUAGAUGAAGGUAUUGAAAAUGAUAAAUUUACUGAUACGAGCAUAAAGAGUUACAUAAACAAUCGAGAUGUAUCGAACAAUAUGAUUAGAGACGUCAAUCAUGAAAAUAAUAAUGAUGAAAAAAAGUCAAAACGGAAAGCACCAAAAAAAUUUUCUCUUAUAUGUUGCCUAAACAGCAUAUACAUAGACAAAUAUUAUAUUUUAAAAUACAAAAUUUACAAUUUUUUAAAAUUGAAAACACAUUUUAUUUACAGCUAUUCAAACAAAAUUUGUAAUUAUUAUGAGCAUCUCAAAGAAAAUAAAAAAAACACAAUUUCAGCAAAAGAAUUUUUAGAGAAGAAAAUGCUUAUUCCUUUAGUAUAUAAAAGUAAAAUGAUAGAAAAUUUGGAUUCCUUUUUUUUAUUAAUGUGUAUUGAUAAAAAUCGUGAAAAUAUAUUUGUGUUAAAGUCAGAAAAAAUUAAUAUUGUUCAGAAUUUAAAAAUGAUAUGCAUAUUUGAUGAAAAUAAAUGUGAGGAAAUCUCUAACUCCCAAAAUAAAGCCAUGCAUUUCAAUAUGUUAAACGAAAGAAAAAGCGAUACAAAAUGUGAUAUUAAUAACAAUUAUGAUGGUGAUAAUACCAUGGAAAACAAUAUAUAUUUAAAUAAAGUUAAACAAGAUAUAGCGCAAGUAGAAAAAGGUAGUUUUAAAAUUACAGAUUACAUGAUAAAAGAUUUUCAUAUAACUAGUAAAAAUGAUGAGAAAGAAAUUUUAUUAACCAUUAAAUAUACAUACACUACAAAUGAUUAUGACCAUAGUGAUAGCAAAAAAAAAAAAAAAAAUGCUUAUUUGCUUAUAAUAUCAACAUUACAGAUUUGUAAGGAUAAUUUUAUUUAUAUCAAUCUUAAGUUAAGAAAUAUGUUCACUUUUUUUAGUCCAAUAAAUGCCAAUUUUUUAUUCUCCUAUUUUUACCUAUCCUACCAAAAUGUAUAUAUCAUUGCCACAAAUCAUACGGAAGCAUCACAUACAUAUAAUCAUGACAUUUUACAAAAUAAUAGUGAUAAUAAAAACUUUAACAAGCAAAGGAAUAACUAUUUCAUUGAUUAUUAUGGAAAGCAUGAUGAGAUAAAUAAUAAAAAAAAGCAUAGCACAUUAAAUAAUAACAUUGACAAUUCUGAAAAUGUAAGCAAAAAUCGUAGCAGUAUUUUCUAUGAAAAUAAUUAUGAUAUAUUUAAAAUGGAAGAGGAAAACUCCCUUUUUUCAUUUGAAAGGAGGAAAAUGCAAACUGUAAAAAAUGGGCACAUCGUUUUAGUUAAUUUUGAUGAUACCGAUGGUAAUAAUAAUUUUGGGGAGGAACAUAUUGAGAAUAAAAAAAAACAACAAACAGAAAAUAAUGAUCAUGUAAACUACAAGAUAAAUAAAAAUUAUCAAAACAAAAAAUAUGUUGUUAAUUUCUAUCUUAUAUAUCCAAAUAAUGAGUUAAUUAUUAACUUUUUUCAAAUUCAAAAUAUAACUAAUAUUGUGCAAAUUUGUUUAUACGAUAAUUUCGUUUCACUGAUUACACACAAAAAAUUGCAUAUUUUUAAUUUCAAUAACAUUUGUAACAAUUUGAUUAGUGAUGAAGUACGUUUUUGUGAAUCAAUAAAUUAUAAUAAGAGAAAGGGAAUUGAUAUAAUAUCUCUCUCAUUUCCUAAAAUAUUGAGAAAUAAAAUAAAAAGUAAAAUAUUUAUGACUUGUUCAGGCGAAAAGGAUGUAUAUUUUAUUGUGGCUAGCUUUUUAGUAAAUAUAAAAAAAAUAAACAAGGGUAUUAAUAAUACCUAUUUGCACACACAACAAAUAGAAGAAAAAGGAAAUUAUUAUUACGCGUCAGUAAUUUUAUUCAAUAAUAUUAUGAAUAAGAACAAAUGGAAUAUUUUAAAAUAUAAAAAUAGUUAUCUUAUUUUUUCAAGGAAUAUAUAUUUUUUGGAAAAUAAUUUGCUUUUUUUGAAAAAACUGAGUUCUGAAUAUGAACAGACGGUAGUUAAUCGAGGAAUAUUGGUUGAAGAUGAAACGGAAAAGGAAGCAAUAGAAAGUUGCAAAGAUAAAAUAAUAAAUGAAAAAUCGAAACACCAUUUUCUUGUAGAUAACGAUGAAAAUAGUCACAUAAAUAGCCAUGGUAAUUCACUGUCGUUUCAGAAAAUAAAUUUGUUUAGAAAUUUUAAAAAAUAUAACAAGAGUAAAAUGAAUUCACAAUUAAAACGAAAAAAAACUCAAAGAAAGAAAUCAUAUAGGAUGUUUUAUCACCCAAUAAAAUUAUUGAAUUAUAUAAAAAUGGGUUUGUUUUCACAUGUAAAUGUCGCAUUAAAAUUAUUAUUAUAUAUAUUAUUAAAUAAAUUAUUUAAGAAUAAAAACAAGUAUCAUAUAAAAAAAGCAUGUUCUCUACAUUAUAUAUUUGACGAAAAAAAAAAAAUGGAAGUUUAUACAAAUUUGUUUGAAGAUAUAGCAUGUGUAAAAAAGUGUCAAUUCUUAUUCGAUUUAAAUGUCAUUCAUGUAGAAAUUGAGAAACUAUAUAAAAAUAAUGAAAAAAAAUAUUCUUGCAUUUCAAUGGGAGAAAUGAAUAUCGAUGAAAACAAGUUAAUGAAAGAAAAUGAGAAAGCAAAAAAAGAGGAUAAUGAUAAAUCGAUAUUUUUUUGGGACAACGAUGCGGUUUCGCUAGACGAUUUUAAUUUAUAUUCAGAUGACAGCAAUUUAGAAAAGGAAAAAAAAAAAAACUCAGAGGGAUCUAACAAUGAAGAUAAUUCUUCAUCCUCGAAAAAUAAAAAAAAUAUUUUAAAAAAAAAAGAUGAUAACACAUUUAGCAGUGACGAAUGGGAAGAUGAUGAAGAAACAAAAAAUGAAUUUUCAAAAAAAGAGCACGGAGAAUAUGAAAAAGAAGAGAUAAAUUUUAAAAAUUAUUUAAAAUAUUCAAAUGUACUAAAUUUACAAUUAAAAAUUGAAGAAAUUAAAAUGCUUCAAAUUUUGAUACUUCAUAUGAAUAUUCCACAUUUAAAUGACUUUUUCCAAUUGUUGCUUUUUUGCAUAUUAAACAGUUUUUACUAUGCUUUAGAGUGUGAAACUAAACCAAUAGAUGACAAAGAUUACAAUAAUAGUGAUAUGGAUAGUGAUAACAGCAAUAGUCAAUCCUCUUAUAAAUCUGACAAGAAAAAUAAAUCAGAGUGUCAUUGUGAGAUGUUUAAUUUUAAUAUAAAAAAAGAAAUAAUUAAAACUGAUCAUUUUUAUAUAUUCAACUAUAUAAAUGAUAAUAAAGAAACUGAUAUUUCCUCAUCCCUUAAUAAUUUUGCUCAAGUUGUAUCAUUUUUUUCCCGCUUAUAUAUUAAUUGUUAUUUUUUACUUAACAUACAAAUAGAUAUACAUUAUUCUUAUUGUUAUUUCCUUUAUUUUAUAAAUCAAAUGGUAGGAAAAAAUAUAUACAAAUAUUUGGAAAGUUUUAUAACCAAUUAUAAAUGUUUUUUUAUUAUGAAUGUGACAAAAAACGAUCUUUUGAGUGUAGAUUUGUUUAAUCCGAUUUCUAUUUCAGAAGAAAUAAAUCGAAGAAUGGAAGAAAGGAAACGGAAAAUAAAAGCAGAUAACACAUAUUAUAAUCAUAUGGGACGUGGGCGAAGUGUAAUAAAUAAUUCGAGCCAAUCAACCAAGAUCCAAUCAUGUAUUGAUAUACAUAAUGAUGUAGAAGAUAGUUUUGAUAAUAAUUUAAUAAAAAAAGUAAAAAUAAAAAAGAACGAUGUGAAACGAGUCGGCUUUAAGGCUAGUGAUAGAAAUGACGAAGAAAGUCGAGAAAAUGCGAAGGUUUUCGAGGUAAUAUUAAACAAUAUUGAGAUAACGAAAAGAGAAUUUUUUGAAUCAGAGACAGAUAACAUAUUAAAAUAUAGUUUGUUUAAUUUAUUUAAAGAUAUGAACAUAUUUUAUUAUAUGCAUAAUAAGGAAAUGUUAUUUUUUAUACAUGAUGUAUUAGUAAACAGAGUAAUAAAAAAAAUAAAUACAAUAAAUAUAGAUGAUAAAGAAAAAAAUAAUGAAUUCAAUGAAUGUAUGGAUUUUUUAGCAUUAUUAUAUUUAGCAAAAAAUGAAAAACAGAAAUUAAUGGUAUUUUACAAAAUAAAAAAACAAAAUAAAAUAUAUGAUUUUUUAUCUAACGAUUUUAAAAUACAAAAAUGGAUUAAUGCAUUAUUAAAUAAUGCAUAUAAAUUAAUGCAAAUAAAAAGAUAUUAUUUGGCUAUAGCAUUUUUUAUAUUAUUAGGAGAUGUAAAAGAUAUUGUAGAUGUUAUUCACCAAUAUUUGCGUGAUACACAAUUAGCAAUUUUUAUUAUAAGAUUGAUAUAUUUUUCAUAUUGUGAAACAGAUGAAAUAUAUAAUAAUGCAAUUGGUUGUAUUAAUAAUGAACAUGAAAUGUUUAAAUAUAAUCCCAUUCUUUCAAAAAACACAGGUUCUCAAUCUAAUGAACAAAUUGCAUCUUUGAGUUUACAACAAAAUGAAGAUAAUGAAAAUAGUGAUAUUAGUAGUAAUGUCAGUUUAAGGAGUAUUAGUAUAGCAAAUGAAAGUAUAUCUAAUUUUGGUGGUUCUAUACAAGAUGGAAAAAAUAUAGAAAUACUUUCAAAUUCAAAAGAGAAUAACAAUAAAACUGUUAAAGAUAGUGAAAAUUUUGAAAACAGUAUAGCCAACUUUCUCCCCAAAUAUUUAAAUUAUAUAUUUCAAGUUAAGCUAUUCAGAGAGAAAAAAAAUGAGUUUGAUAUGUGUGGGUAUACUAGCAUAGAUAGUGAAAGUAGUUGUAGUGUUUAUAAAAAUGAAUAUUAUUAUGAAUUGAAUAAGAACAAAAAUGUUAAUAAUAAAAAUGUUUAUUUUAAUAUUAUUAAAUUUAUUAUUUUGGAGAAAUAUGAAGAUGCUUAUGCAGAGUGUGAAAAAAGAAAAACAAAUGAUUUUAUGCAUAUUAUGAUAAAAAAUGUUAUAAAAAAUAAAUUAUUUAAGAAGGAUGCCAAAAAUAGUGAUAAACAAAAUCAGAAUAUUAAUAACCAAAUAAAAAAUUCAGAUGAUGUUUCAAAUAAUUUUAAUGUUAAACUUGACCUUGCUGAAUUUUAUUUUUGUUCUCAAGAUUUUUUAAAAAAAAAUAUGUACAAUUUAUCUUUUAUUUUUUAUUUUGUUUUUUUUUACAAUACAAUGAAAGAAGAGGCUCAAUUGUGGAAUAUUCCCAACGAGAUAAAAACAGAACAUUUAAUAAGUUCAAAUAACUUAUUUCAGUUUUUCAAACAACAUAAUCCUCUGUUUGUUAUACUAUUUGAGAUAUAUAUAGAAAGAUAUAUUAUUAAAAACCGAAAUAUAUUUUCUAUGCUUUUUUUUUCAACAAUUUAUAAGCAAAUGUGUUAUAACAUUUUAUUAUAUGAUAAUUUUUAUCAAAGUGAGAAAAAAAAAAUAUAUAAUAACGAUACGGAUAAUAUAUGUGUUAAUUUUUUGUCACAUAUCAAAUUAUUAUCAAAGUUAAUAUAUUCGAUAUAUUUUAGAAUAUACAAUAAUAAGAUUCAAAAUGAGAAUUAUUUAAAUAAUAUUCAUCAAAGUGGUGGUAUAUAUAAUAGUGAAGAGAAUGUUACACAUGGUGGUUGUUUUUUUUUAAAUUAUAAUGGAUCUAGUUUUAACGGCGAUUCUAAAUUUAAGGGUAUCUCGGAAAUGCACCGACGACAUCCUUCGUAUAGUGCACUACUAAAUAAUGAAGAUAUAAAUUUAUUUAAAAAUCUGAACACGCCAAAUAAUAUAAUGGGAAAAUAUGAUUUAUAUUAUGGAAACUCGUUAGAAUGGGAAAAUGAAAGUGAAAACAAGAGUAUUGUUAUUCCUUUCAUAAAAAAAAUAAAGAAUAUAGAAUAUGUAGAUAGUUUUGGAAAAAGACAAAAUAUACAUAUUUUUUUAAAUAAUUUUUUUAACAAACUUACAUACUUAUGCAAUAAGGACAGCAAAUAUGUAAUAAAUUCAUUUAUAUUAUAUGACAAUUUUUGCAACGAAGAAAAAAAAGAAAAUAACUGGUGUAUCGAAGAAUACCAUAUAUCCUUAAAUAAAUAUAAUAACAUUUUAAAUAACUUCUUUACAUAUAUUUUCUAUUUAUAUAUUAUUAAUGAGAAGAAAAAAAGUGAUGUUAUGAUAUUUAUUAUAAAUAAUAUUACUUCUAUUUUUUUUAUAUAUAUAAAUGAUAUAGUAAGCAUAAUUUUUAAUUUCUUAAAAAAAAAAAAAAAAUCUUUGUUAUAUUUACAUGUUCCUUUUCUUCAAUUGAUUUUCCUUCGAAUAAUUUUAAGCAACUAUUUUGUAUAUGAAAAAAGACAAGAUAAAAUGGCAAAAAAGAGAAAUAGAAAUAACUUAAAAAUUGAGGGUUAUAGUAACAUUUCAAAAAGCAAUACAAAACUUGAAAAAUCAGAAAAUUAUGGAAAACGAAUGAAUGAAUCUAACUUAAAAGUAAAAAUGGAGAGUUCAAAAUGUCAUAACACAUAUAAUGCACAAGAAAAUAUAUUUUUUUCAAAAAAAAAUAUUUCAGAUAUAAACAAAAUGGGAAUAAAAAUUAAUGAAAAAUAUUUUUUUUAUUAUAUCCAUUUGAUUGAUUUAUUUAUAUGUUAUAUCAGUGUAAUGGUGAUAUGUAUAAUAAUGUUAAAAAAAUAUUAUCGAUUUUUUGAAAACGUUGGUGUUGAAAUAGAUAAAGAAAAUAGCAUGCGAUUUGAUGGAAAAGCUAACAAAAUUAAUAAGGAAGAUAUAUAUGGUCAUAAUAAAAGACAAACCCUAAAAAGAUUAUUCGGAAUUUUACAUUUAUUUUUAAAAAAAAUAAAAAAAAUGAACUGGGAUGUUGAAAAUGUUUAUAAAAGAAAAACAUCCAUCACAACAGCGCUUUUGAAAUUUAUAAAAAAAAUUUAUUUGUGUAAAAAAAAAAUAAAUAACAAAAUUAGAUGUAUAUAUAAAGGAAAUAAUAAAACAAAGCAACCUAGUGGGGUUGAAAAAUGUUUGUCUGAAGAAGCACAAUUUUUUUAUAAAUAUAAUAAUGAAUGUACAAAUGAGUUAAUUGAAAAUAUAGAAAAAAAUGUAACAAAAAAAGGAAGCAUUGUUUCAAAUUCAGAAAAAGGAAUAAAAAACGAUAGUAAGAUGGUUGAAUCUGAAAAAAUGAAUAAUGAAAACAUUUUACAAAAUAAAAAUUUGGAUGGUUUUGUUAAUGGAAUGGAUCAUCAAUCUAGUAUAAAAUCAUGUGGGUAUUUACAAAAAGUAGACAAAUAUUCAUUUUCUGAAGUUUUAUUUGAACGUUUUUGUAUUACUAAUAUUUUUCUUUCAAUUUUCGAGUUAUUAAUGAGCAAUUUUCAAAUUUUUGCAUAUAAAUCGAAUAUAUUUACCUGGACCAUACAUUUAAAAAAAGAAUGGGAAUUGAAAAAAACAAAAAGAAAACGAAUAAUAGACCAUUUGUCUCCAAUAAAUAAAACAAAAAUAAGUUAUAUUGGAAAUAAAUUAGAUAAUAAUAUAAAUAAUCAAACUAAAUCUAACUUAAAAUAUGCAAAUUUUGUAUCUAUAAAUUAUAACGGAGCAAAUAAUUAUAUACAUAUAUUUUAUUAUAAAACAUGUAUAAUGCUUGGAGUUUUAGAAAAUAUAUCAAAUUUUAUAAAUAAAUAUUUUUUCCCCAAAUUAAAAUUAUUACUAUAUAAGUCAGCAUAUAAUGUAAAAAAUACACUAUUGACAUUUUUGUCAUUUCCAUUUUUUAUAAAUAAAAUAAAAACAAAAACACAUUUUAUAACAUGUGAACAUUUCAUAGAUUCCCACAUUUCCUAUUAUUAUAACAAGGAGUUGUAUUUUAUUUGGAAAUUAAAUAACUGUACAUAUAGAACGUUUAUUUUAUUUUUCAACAAAUAUUUUUAUUCAUAUAACAAUUAUAUGAAUGAUCAAAUACAUUCUUAUAAAGAUAAAUUAUUAAUGAAUAUUACAAAAAAUAAUUUAAAACUAGACAUAACCCCAAAUGGUAUUUGUGAUAAUGUUGAAAAUAAAGAUGAUAUAUUUUGUGAAAAUAAUUUAAAAAAAAAUGAACUUUCAUAUAAUAUGUAUGAACAGAAUUUGACUCAAAAAUAUAAUCAGCAAAUAGAAAAUGAGAAAAAUGUUUUUAUUAAUUGUAAAGUUAAUAACCCACAUGAUGAACAAGUUAACGAUUUAUAUGAAUAUUCUUACCGAGAAAAUCAGUAUAAUUAUAAUUAUAAAAAAUUUUAUGAUUUAUAUAAUAACGGAUUUCGAAUUUGUGAAAAAAAUUAUUUGAUUUUUCCAAAUGUCAAUAUGGAAAAAAAUGGCGCAGCUUAUAAUCGAUCCAACUUUUUAUUUAAGAAAUCUAAAAGUCAAGAUAAAUUGUUUACUUUUACAUCGCGAAUGAAUUUUUUUAAAAAAUUUAGAAAAAAUACCAAAGAAAGGGAAUAUUUAAUAAAAGAAGAAAAUCAAAAAAAUAUAAAUCAAAACUAUAUGGCUAGUAACAGUACGAACAUGAGUCCUUCUGGUACACACGUUACCUCAAAUGAUACAUCUAAUAAAAAAAAAAAAAAAAAUAGAGAAAAAAAAAGCAGUGUGUGUAAUUCACUGGAAUAUGAUAACAUUUUUAAAAUAAAAAAUACAAUUAUUAGAGAAAGUAAAUUAAUCAUGGAAAAAGAAAAUGAGAGUGAAGAAGCUAUGGAUAAAAUCGUAAAAAAAAACAGAUAUUUAUACAUUCAAAAAAAUAAUAUACAAGAAAACUAUGCAAUUCACAUAAAUGAUAAUAGUAAAAUUUGUACAAACGAACAAAGUUAUAGCCAUUCUGAAACAAAAGAAAAUGGCGUUAGCUCGUUCGAUUUCCAUCUACAAAAUAGUAAACAAACUGAACAAAAUCCACAAAUCAGCAAUAUUAUCGAAGUAAAGAAUAAACAUAAGCAUAGAAAAAGACAUAAUAAAAUCCCACAUACAAUUCCACUAUCACUUCUUUUUAAUAAAAUAAAUGAAAGACAUGUUAUAGAGAAAGAUAAAAUAAGCAAUUCUAGUAGUACUAUCGUAUAUAUUCGUAGAAAAAAUAAAUUAAAAAAAAUUUCAAUUUUAGAUCAUUUAAAAAAACUUAAUAAAAAAUGUCAAUUUAUUAAUUAUAUAUUAUAUAGUGAUUUACAUCAUGGAUAUCAAAAUGGAUCAAGGGGGACUCGAGUAAAUGUCGAUGAAGCUUCUAUAGCUAAAGUUGGACAUAAUGCUAAUAAUUUGAAUGAUAGAAAAAAUAAUAUAAUGACAAAUGUGCAAAAUAAUAAAUAUGUAGAUAUGAUAAAAUCUAAACAAGGAGUCAUAAACAAAACUGAUAUUAUAAAUGGUAACAAUGAACUUAUUAAAUUAUCGAGAAGUGUAGAAAACAAAUCAAUAAAUGUUAAUCAAAGCCAAUUAGAUUGUGUACAAAGUAAUGACAUGUAUGAAGAAAAAGAAAAUAAAAAAAAAGUGAAACAUGAUGAUAUAUAUAUUAAUAUAAAUAUGAGCAAAUUAUUAUAUAUAUAUAAAUGUAUGCAUAUACAAUGUAUGCAUAAUUUAACUCCUCUAUGCUCUCUCCUAAAUAACUAUAUACCUAACGAUUGUAGUAUAACGAAUUUUUUUAGCAAUUCAUAUAAUAAUUUUUUUGUUAAUAAUAUAUUUUUUCAUAAUUUUUUUUAUACUUAUGAUAAUAAUCUUGUUUUAUUGCUCAAUUCUGGAAACAUAGAUCCAGUUAGAUAUACAUGUACAGAAUUUGAAGAAUAUGAGAAUCGAAAUGAUUGCAAAACUAGUGGAAUUCCUCUAUUUUUAAAUCGUGAUAAUAAAAACCAAAUGUUGGAAAAGGAUACACAUCAAAAUUUAUGUCAAGUUUAUAAGGAUAAUGAAAAUCAUACACAAAUUAAUAAUCAAUCCAUAUUUAGGAGAAAUAAAUGUGAUGAAAAUAUAUUUCCAUUUUGUAAUACAAAGGAAUUAAACGAAAAGUUGAUAAAUAAUAUACAUAAAUACCAACCUGAAUAUGAAAUGAAAAAAAAUUUCACUAUUUCCAAAACAGCAGAAAAAUAUAUUGAAAAAAUAUUACUACUUUUAUAUAACAAUGUAGAUUUAAAUGAACGAGAUAAAAUAAAUGGAAAUAACAAACAUGUUUAUAAUAAAACAGGAGAUGAAGGAAAAAAAGAAUUUGAUAAUUUAUUUGAAUAUAUAGAUAAAAAUUUAAAUAAUUGUUUAAGAAAAAAAUAUAAUUUUAUUUAUAAUAUUACUGAUCAAAAAAAUAACUUAUCAUAUUUAAAAACUGGCGCAAUAAUAUCACAUCCAUUUUUACCUGUCUAUGCACUUGUACAUAUAAAUAAUGAAAAAAAAAUAAACACAGAUAAUGAAUUAGAUAAAUAUAAAUUUAAAAUAAGAUUAUGUAAAUUUACAAAUAAAUCAGAUGAUAUAUCAUAUAAAUAUGGAGACAUUAUUACAAGCAUUUUGUGGAAUACAAAUGGAAACUUAUUAAUCAUUUCUGACGAUCAGGGUUAUUUAUAUAUUUAUAAUAUAUUUUUAGGAAAUUUUAUACAACAAAAAAAGAAAAAGAAAUUACAUAAUAAUCAAGGUGAUAUAACAGGAACGAAUACAAAUAUAGACAACAACAUGAAUAGUUUAUCUUAUAGUGUUAAUAAUAGAAAACAAGAUAUAGUAAAAAAUAUAUCAAAAAGUAAAAAGAGUAACUCUAAUAAACAUUGUAAUAAAAAUGAAGCAUGUCAAGAUAAACAAACAAAUUAUUAUGAUAAAGAAACAGAUGGAAAUGAAGAAUAUUUUCACUAUGAUAAUGAAGAAGAUGAUGAAAAUAAUGGCGAAGAUAAUGAAUAUGAAUGGAUAGAGCAAUAUAGAGAAGAUAUAGAUGAAGAAGAAGAAUUUUAUGGGACUGAGGAAUAUGAUGAUGUUGAUGAAAUUGAAAAAGAUGGUGAAUUAGGAGAAUUUGAUGAACAUGUUAAACAAGCAAAAAAUAUAGAAUCUGAACAAAGAAAAAAUGAUAAUAAAUAUAACUUUACAAGUAGUGAAGCAAAAAAUUCUAAAAAGAAAAAAAGUGAUGAUACUAGUUUUGGAAGCAAAAUAAAAGGAAAUAAUAAUAAAAUAAAAAAUUUUUUUAAAGAUAAUUUUUUAAAAAAAAAUAAAAAUAAAAAUCCAUUGGAAAUUAGUGAAAAAAAUUGUGGGGUAAAAAUUAGUGAAAAAAAUCAAGAUGGAAAAAAAAAAAAAAAAAAAAAUAUAUAUAUUCAUAAAAAAGGAUAUAUUAUAAAAGAAGCCAUGUGUAUAGUUAAACUCCAUGAUGAAAUAAUUGAUGUUAAAUGUUUAGAUGAUAAUAAUUUUUAUUUAAUUACAAUUGGAAAAGGAAUAAACACAAAAUGUAUAAACAAUCACACAGCUUAUAUAAACUCAAAUUAUGUACAAGAUGAAUAUAAUAAAAAUAAUUUAAUUUCUCCAAAAGAAACUAGAAAUGUGGAAAAUAUCAAUAGUCAAGAUAAUUUUUCAAAAACAAACUUAGAAAAAGAUAAAAAUACUACCUUUUAUCGUAAUUUGAAUAAUACUAAAGGCAUACAUCAAAUUACAGUAUCUCACCAUUUUCAUAUAAAUAAUAACAUUCAUACAGAUCAACAAAAUGAAAUAGGAUAUGAAUAUAACAACAGUUACAUUUGCAAUGAUACAUAUACUACAUCUAGUAAACAAGAUGGACCGUCUUUUAAUAUGAUAAAGAAAUAUGGAGAUUUUGAAAAAUGGAAUAAAUCGAAUAGUAAGGAAAGUUGUUUUGAUCAAUGUUAUGAUAAUACAAAUGGAAACAAUUUGCAUUUCAAAAAAAAAAAAAAAAAUUAUAAAGAGAUUGAAAGGAAAAGUGCUAAUAAUAUUGACACAUUUUUAAAUCUUCAUGUUUUUAAAAAAAAACAUUCGUAUUUUAAAUCUCGAUUUUUUUAUUUUGAUUCACCAAAUAUAGUAUUUUUCAAUAAACAUAAGAAAUUAAAAAAUAUAUUACAAGAAAAUUUGUGUAUAUGUGUGUGGGAUUUAUGUUCAAUGCUAACAAAUGAACAAAAAAUAUAUUUAUUGAAUAAACAAAAUAUGAGUAUUGAUGAAAAUAGGAAUGUUCAUGAUAUAGGUGGGAAUGGAGUUUCGAAUAAUAUUAGCUUUGAAGUUGAGGCAGAUAUUUCAAAAGAUAAUAAUAUAAAUAAGGAAAAAAAUAAAAAAUUACAAAAAAUUAUUUUACACCCAACACUUAUAUGUAUUAUUAGUAAUAUAUCAAAAUAUAAAAAUCAAAUAAACAAAAAUAAAAAUUCAGAAAAUGAAAAUUUUAUAACUUCUUUUUGUUCUUGGAUACGUCCUAAUAAUUAUAUGCACAAAAUUGAAAAUCCAUUUGAAAAAGAGCAAAAUGAAAAAAUAAAAAAACAACAAAAAAGAGUUCAAAAAAAUUAUUAUAGUGAUCAAAUUGUGAAAAGUUCUAAAAUCCCAAAUCAGAGUAGCCCAAAUGAUUUCCCAAAUAGUAGUAUAGUCCGUAGUAUUAAACAAAAUAAAAAUAGUAAAAUAAUAAUAAAAUCUAAAAAAACAAAUAAACAAAAAAAAAGCAUAUUUUGGAACUUUUUCAAAAAUAAAAUAUAUUCAAAUAACUUCUCUGGGGACUCUUAUAUAUUUUAUGGAGAUCAAAUGGGAUAUAUACACAUUAUUCAUUUGCAAAAAUAUAAAGAAAUUUUAUGUUUUAAGGCAUUUGAUAUUCCUAUAUUUAAAAUAUUUAUAACAAAAACAGAUGUGAUUACUAAGUUAUUAAUUUUGGCGGACAUUAAACUACGAAUAUACGAAAUCGUGACGCCACGUGAAAUAUGUUUUAUAAAAGAAGUUGAAAUAAAUCAUGAGUUGUGUCCCAAAAAAUGUAUUUGUGAAGAAAAUCUAAAUGAACUAAAAGAAAAAAGAAAAACUGAAGAAAACGAGAAUGAAGGAAUGUCGAUAUUUAAUUUGUCAUAUUUUUUAUCAUCAAAUUAUCAUAAAAAAAAUAACACAAAAAGUGAAGAAAAAGCUAAUUUAAUAAAUAAUAUAUCAAAAAAUAAAAUAAAUUUUGAAAAUCCUAAUAUUUUAAAUGAGACAUUAUCAACGUUUGAUAACAUAACACAAACAAAAAAUAAAACAAAUACAAAUAUAUCAAAAGAAUCUUAUAAUAAUAUAAAAAAAAAUAACACUAUAUAUAAAAAUUCUAUAAGUAAUUCAUCUUUUGGUUCAAUUCAUAAUUUUAAAAAUAUGUCUGAAAGUGAUGAUGAUGAAAAUAAUAACAAAGAUUCUUAUCAAAGUGUUAUAAUUGGAGGUAUAAAUUUUGGAUAUUUAGGUCUUAAUUUUUCGAAAUUUAUUAAUAAUAAAAAAAAUAAAAAAAUAAUUGAUGCUUAUUUAUUAACAAAUUCACAUUUAGUUACUAUAUCAAGCAAUGGGACAAUUAUUUUGAUUAAAAUUUAG